AUGGGAGCGAAGAAGCUUCGAGCGGCGUCUGUUGAAGCUGCUCGAGCAGUGCCGCUCCAGCAACUCAAAUUGUUGGAGGCGCGGUUUCGCGAAGAGCAGAGCCUCGGGAAGAGCGACAAACCGUCGUCUGCAGUCUCCUCUCGCGGCUAUUCAGGUCUGCGGACGGAGUCUUCUGUCCCGGCGGGUCGCUCUGCCCACAAGACUGCUGUCUCUUCUUCCAUUCCGACGCUUUCUCGUCCACAGAAGGCGAAGGAAGUGAAGAAGGUUGUCAAGAAAGGCAACAAGAAGUCUCCGAUGGAGGUGUCUUCUCGGCGGCCGCAGCGCAUUUUGUCUCAGCCCGUGGGGGUUCCAACAUCUGCGAGUUCCCAAGACGCAGGAGUCGAGACGAGCUCUCCUGGAAACGCCAAGGUGCACGCAGGGACCGUCCCCGUCGCGGCUGCCUCGGCAGCGCGAGAAGCGGCGAUGAAAAUGCACAUGAAGCGGCUGCGCCAUCUGGCUGUCCAGGGCCGAAAGGGGAAAAGCGAGGUAAAAAAAGGCCGUGAUCCGCGAUUCAGCGAGGCUUGUGGGCCGUUGAACCUACGCAUGGUCAGUCAGGCGUACGCGUUUCUCGACGACAUGCGGCGGGCGGAGACGGAGACGCUGAAGACAGUCGUCAAGACGGGGCGGAGUGGCGAGGGGGGCGGAGGCAAGCGAGCGAAGGUGAGUCCCGUUGAACGCGAAGCCGCGCGGCGCGAACUGCAAAAAAUGCAGAGUCAGGACGAGGCGCGACUGCGCCGCCGCGUCGAAAUGGACAUCCGCCAGAGAGUCACCAAGGCCGAGCGUGACAAAAUCGCACAAACUGCAAAGAAACCCUUCUUCCUCGGCCGCAGAGACCUGCGCAAACUCGUUAGCGAAGAAAUGAAUGCACGACGAGCGGGCGGAGCGAAGCGCCGCACCAAAGUCGAAGAAAGAAGACACAAAAAGAAACUCGAAACAGAGCGAAAACGCGACCUUGUCCCUGUGCGGCGGCACGCCGAGGCAGAGUAA